CGUAGGAUAUUUGCAAAGUAACUAAGAAAGCGUGGUCACUUAUUAAUUUCCAAGAAACACCCACCCGUUUAUCAAAUGUUACCAAGGGAUCAAUUUUUGAUCGUUUUUAUUACUUCAGGGACUUUCAUGGUUUUUCUAAUAGGAAGUGCACCAAUAAGGCAAUUUAUCGAUAUGUGUAUUAAGUGGAAAAAAGAACAGGUUUACGAGUUUCAUGACAUAUCUCUAACCUAACCAUUUUCCAGGUUUCUCGUUCGGGAAGAACUUUAUCAUAAAAAUCUGUUGUUAGCUUACGGUCUGCUACCUUUUCGUCUGAGUUAAGUUGAUGUCAUUGGAAUAGUUUUGCCAACCCACCAAAUUUUAUAGAAACUAAUUAAAAAUAUAUUACACAAAUGAUUUCGAAUGUAAAAGUCAAGCAGUUCUUUAAGUGGACAAAUCUUUGGCAAAAAAGAUGCAAUAUAUUGAGAUAUAUAUUUUGUGAGGUGUCGCGCGCAGGUUUGAAGUUUUAAUGUGAAGGAGUCCGGUAGUAGUAAUUAGGAGGUGAGUACGCGUCGCAGCGGCUGCGGCGGCGCGACGGUCGAUAGCUGGAGCGACAGGCGGUACCGUCCCGGGUCACGCCUGCCAGAUCGAUAGCGGCACGGCGGGGGCGGAGGACCCGAACCCGGCAUUACUCGCGCCGCCACGGCAGACGAGACACCUAGUCCGCCGCGAGAUCGGCGGCAGGCGAGCGCGGCCGGGGCACGACGCUCCAUGCGACCUCCGCUCGCGACAUGAGCGGCGCCCGCCCCCGCAGCGCGCCCCUGCUCCUGGCGCUCGCAGCCGCCUUUCUCCCGCAAGCCAACCAUGUCGCGGGCGCCGGUGGGGGUGGCAUGUUCGGCGAUGUCAAUAUAUCAGCCAUAUUGGAUUCCUUUAGUAUAAGUUAUGACAAAAGAGUAAGGCCUAACUAUGGAGGUCCGCCAGUGGAGGUGGGCGUCACCAUGUAUGUGCUCUCUAUCAGCUCCGUCUCCGAAGUGCUCAUGGACUUCACAUUGGAUUUUUACUUCAGACAGUUUUGGACAGAUCCACGACUGGCAUAUAAAAAACGACCUGGAGUUGAGACGUUAUCAGUGGGAUCCGAGUUCAUAAAAAACAUAUGGGUUCCAGACACAUUCUUUGUAAAUGAAAAGCAAUCAUAUUUCCACAUAGCAACCACUAGCAACGAAUUCAUACGUAUCCAUCAUUCAGGCUCUAUUACUAGAAGUAUCAGAUUAACUAUCACAGCAUCAUGUCCUAUGCAUCUACAAUAUUUUCCUAUGGACAGACAACUGUGUCACAUAGAAAUUGAGAGUUUCGGAUACACUAUGAGAGACAUUCGAUACCAUUGGAAAGACGGACAUUCUAGCGUCGGAAUGAGCAACGAGGUGCAACUGCCCCAAUUCCGAGUGCUCGGGCACCGACAACGCGCAACAGUAGUGACGCUGACAACAGGAAAUUAUUCUCGGUUGGCCUGCGAGAUACAAUUUGUUCGGUCCAUGGGAUACUACCUAAUCCAGAUAUACAUUCCGUCGGGUUUGAUCGUGAUCAUCUCGUGGGUGUCGUUCUGGUUGAACCGCAACGCUACGCCGGCGCGCGUGUCGCUUGGUGUCACCACCGUGCUCACCAUGACCACGCUCAUGUCAUCCACCAACGCGGCGCUGCCUAAGAUCUCCUACGUCAAGUCCAUUGACGUCUACCUCGGCACCUGUUUCGUCAUGGUUUUCGCCAGUUUAUUAGAAUACGCUACAGUAGGGUAUAUGGCAAAGAGAAUACAAAUGAGAAAACAAAGAUUCGUAGCCAUACAGAAAAUAGCGUCCGAAAAGAAACUGCCUGUUGAUUGCCCUCCAGUUGGUGAUCCUCAUACUCUUUCUAAAAUGGGGACGUUAGGAAGAUGUCCUCCAGGAAGAGCUUCGGUAAGCUGUUCGGAAGUAAGAUUCAAAGUGCACGAUCCGAAAGCACAUUCAAAAGGCGGAACGUUAGAGAAUACUAUAAAUGGGGGCCGGAGCGGAGCUGAAGAGGAGAACCCAGGGCCACCACCGCACAUACUCCACCCCGGCAAGGAUAUAAGCAAACUCCUGGGCAUGACGCCCUCAGACAUCGACAAGUACUCGCGCAUCGUGUUUCCGGUGUGCUUCGUGUGCUUCAACCUCAUGUACUGGAUCAUCUAUCUGCACGUCUCCGACGUCGUGGCUGACGAUUUGGUUCUUCUGGAAGAGGAUAAAUAGAGGGGACGAUGUCUUUUAUCCACUUAUUUUUCCACUUUAAUCGCAUACAAUAAUAAUUUGAAACGAACCACACUUAUUUCCGAAAUAAGUUUGACGAAAGAUAUAGAACUAGCUGUAUUAUCCAUACGACUUAGUAACAAAGUUAGCUUACGAUGUGUCGUAGAACUCAUCGAUAACUUAUUCCAAAAAAGAAUUUGUAGAUAUAACAGCACUAUCUAGUACCUAAUUAAUUAAAUUUAAUUAUGUAAUGUAAAUGUAAAUAACGUGUCGAGGAUAUAUAAAAUAUGGACGUCUUAAUCUAAGAUAAUAAAUCUCUUUUCUUGGAGUCUGAAGUAGUAACUAAACGACUGAACAUUUUAGAUAACAUGGACAAGACGUGUUUUAGUUUCCGUAGUGACAGAGGGUGUCGCAGUGAGUGCGAGGAGGCGCGCAAACGUCGGCGCGGGAAUUGCCGGGCUGCCAGUUCGAUUGUGAGACAGUUUCCUGGUAGUCAGACUCUGUAAAUACUAGCUUGCCGUAUGAGUAGGUGUUUAUUAUAAGGCUUUAGAAAUAAUAGUACAUUACGAUACAAGUUCCAAAAGUAGGUAAUUCGCAACGUAUGGCGAUGAAUUAAAACCCGACCGAAUGGAGUGUUUAAAAUCGACACGAGUUGCGAAUUACCUAUUCGCACGUGUAUCGUAUAACGUUUUACAGUGCAUAUGGCUCUAAAUAUACGACAUGGCACGUAAAGUGCUAAUGACCGCGCAAGGGCGGUAAAGUAGCACCAUAUGAACUGUAAAUAUCUUUACUAAACGAACCCAGUAAUUCAAUCAUGGACGUUUUUGGAACACAAUGUUGUUUCCACAUUUUCCAAUUUUCUUAUUAAGAUUUUGACACAGUGCAAUUUUUCGAAGUAAUUGGAAAAAGUUCCUAAACUAAUAUUGAGUAGCAAAUGGUUGUAUGAAUUAAAAUUAAAUCGUGAAAUUAAAGUUUCAAAUUAUUAUUAUUUUUGUGGUAAAAUGAGUGGAGAACAAAAUGUAUGAUAAAAUCUGAUGCUCAAAUUUCUCCGCUUGAACAUAUUAAUUACUUAGUUGUAGUCGUUUUGUAGGUAUGUUAAAAACUUAGUUGUUCCUUUAUUCUUUGCUAUUUUCUACAUUGUUGUGAUAAUAAUAUUAGAUGUUUUCUGUUGGAAUGUAGUGCAAACCUAUCCGAUUCUAUCUAUUACAUAUAUUUGGUUUCAUUUUAAUACAAAUUUGUAGCUACGUGUUGUAAUUUAUAUAUGAUAAAUGUUUCAAUUCAGCAAUAAUUUAAGCUUCUCAUUGAAAAUGCACGUCGACUUUAUGACAUUGGAGCCAAUAAUAAUUACAAGCCGACAUAGUUGCGUAUUGGAUACAUUAUUACAAGAGCAAAAACAAUUAUUCUUAAUUGAAAACGAAAAUUAUUCCGUGUCAAAAGUCGACUGCACUUGCGAACGACUAACACCGUUAGAUGACGAUACAGGUAAUUCAUAAUUUGCUUGCAGUAAUAUUAUAUGAUCAUAAUUACUUUUGUCACGAUAGUUUGGCUCCAUCAGCGGUGUGCAUGCGCGAAGUUAGUAAAGUUAUUGUUGACCCUUCUAAUAACUCCAGCAUGCGUACUCAACCUCUGCGCCUUUCACUUUGUUUCAGUCAUGGUAUGAUUACCUUUAAAUAUUAGGCGAAACAUUUAUUUCGUUGAAGGAAUUGUUGAAAUUAUGAUAUGAAUAAAUAAGAUUAAUAUACUAUAACAUGUUAAUUUUUAUAUUGACAUUGAAAUAUUUUAUAGUCUACAGCCGUGAGACGAUUGUUUUUGAUCGUAACUAAUUAUAAAAUAGUGAAAAGAGUUUUGCACUAAGGGAUGUUAAUUAAAAGCGUGUUGUUGCCCGAGUAAUUUGCCAAUAAGUUAUUUGUCGCUAAUUUGAACCUAUUAAACAUAAAGUAAAAAUAAUGAAAACACCAAACAACGUCAAUCAAAUAUCGAUUACAAAAUAGUCAAUAUCAACCAUUCCAUUAAAUUAUGUGAAGACCUUUUGUAAAGCAGUGUAUUAUUUUCCAACGAUUUAUUCGCUUCCUAGCAUGCCAAGCCUACGUGCGCUUAGUUAUGUCAUUCAAUGUUUCUAGGUUAUUUUGAUUAAACGGUAAGAACUUAGUUUUGAACGUAUCUUAGAUUCAUCGAACUACUCCCAUAAUUAAUUGCAUAAUUUUUCUUCUUUAAAAAUGAUUACGCAAUUUUUACUUACCAAUUUUUACAUUUUAUUUAUUUAUUACCUCCAUAGAAUAGGCGCACAGUAGUCUAUGCAAUGCUUUCCCUAAUUAGUUGGAAUUAGAGCAAUAAUUAGCUUGUACCUCUCGCUAGAACUAAACUCUCGUAGCUGGAAGCAUUAGGUUGAGCAUUAGAACCGUUGGUGGCAGGGAAGCCGAUUCGUGAUCGCAGCGGUUCUGGCACGUCAUGGCUUACUACCAUAACGUGCUCAACGUGACGGUGCAACGAGCGACUUCCCCCCAACAACGUUCGCCGGUACCCUCGAAUAUCUGACAAGCAGGGCUCCUGUCAUCAGCUGCGAAUUCGUGAGAUCGUGUUACUCUUAGAGGGUUCCAUAAGAACGAAUAUUUAAUUUAUAGCUGUAUAACUUUUACCACUAAGUAUCUAAAUUAAAUCUUCAACACCUCAGAUAGCAAACAACUGCCGUAUGAUCGAAAACAAGUAUGUAAAAUUAUGAGCUAAAUUGUUUUUCGAUAUUACAAAUUAUACAUAGAUAUAAAUAGUUUAUAUUUAUCGGAACCCUUUAAAAUAAAUUCUGCGAGAGAGUGCUAUAAUUUGAAGUAUUGAUAUGCUUCUGCUGUCACUUGUUUAAUACGUUGUCGCGAUGGUUGUCAGCGACCCGUCUGCCGUGGGGGUCGUGUCGAUCGCCGAGCUCACGUAUCCGUGGAGACCACUUACCCAAGAGCUGUGCGCUUGAAAGUUAGCUAGUGCCCGAAAUUUAUAACAAAAUCAGAAAAUCUUAGAAACAAGAAGUAGCAUUGUAAAUUUUAGAUGUUUACUAAUUAAUAUAUUGUACUACAUAGGUACGUUUUAGAUUAACUUUACUUAUAUUACUUGAAGUAUAUCAAAGGCACUCAGAUAAUAACGGCACCUCUUAAACUGUAUACUCACUUUUUAUUUAAAUGCAAACCGUUACUACAUUCUAAAUUAUGAUACUUACAGAUAAUUGAUAGAUUAAGAUUUAGGUUUGCUGGUAGACGUUUGAGAGUAGGUACUACGGCGUAGCCUCUGCUUCGUCUCUCCGAAACGAAAUUCUAAAAUAUUUGUCUAGUGAUUAGAUAUAAGUACGAGACAAAUAGUUAUAAGGAAAUGUAUCUUAGAUAUUAUUAUAUACAUAAAUACUUAUAUUAUAUACAACAGUCACAUCCACGUUAAUACGUCACAAGUAAGGUAAAUAAUAUUAACGUAACUCGAUGGUAGCCGUCCGUCGCCGUAGUCGGGACGGAGGUUCCGGCAACUGGUAGCCGGUUGUUGACUAGGUGCAGUGUAUAGACGAUGCAGAGUACAAGGGCGGCCCGCGGACCGCGGGCCUGCGUUAUCCCGACCUUACCUGUAUUUGUUUAUUCUAUCGAACAUAAAAAUUGUAUCGAAGUUGUAAACAAUAAUUCACCAAAGAGUACUUGCCUAAACGUAAAAAAUAUACCUACUGUGCAAUAUAUGCUAGUCAAGUCAGUCAGAUAGUAAUAAGUAGGUAAACCAACGGAUGAUAUUUUAGCAUUAUCACGACGUCGUAUGUAGGUACCUUAUAUAAUAUGAAUUGCUCAGAAAAUAAAUAGGAACACUUUGCCUCAUGUAUUUACUAAAUGAAGUGUAUAAUAUAACUCCGUGUAUAAAACUAAAACAUAGAUAACCUAAGCUCAUUAAAAAGUAUAUUUUAAUGUUAGUAACAGAUUUUUUGAGAAUGUUCAUUUUUCUAUGUAUUUGGAAAAAUAUAUUAACUGCAUAGAUUUCACUUAGGAUAACCUGCGUUCAUUUGGGGAGUGACUGCUUAAAUUAUAUUUGUUAUUUGACUAAUAUUUUAUAUUUAUAAGUUUCGUGUAAUAUCAUUUUUCUAAUAAGUAAAAGAACGCUAGGUAAUUAACGUGUACAGUCUGCCGGUCUGCCCAAGAGGAUAGUUUAUGUGCUCAAUACGUGACGCUAGUCAAGUCAAUUUUUUUAGUCUAUUGAACGAAUAAACUAUUGGCGCACGCGACAAGAGAGGGGCGACAAUAACAAAGGUAGCACUCCUCAAGUACCAGAAGUACAAAUGUUCGUGCUAGAGUCAGCCGCCGAACCAUGCCGAGUACUUUCGAGCCACGACGUGGCGCGCCAAGUCUGAAGUGCCCAGCUAACAUGGUUUCGUGUCUGACUGUAUGAGUCUGAUUCAACGUUUCGUUCACAAGCUGAUUUAUUACGUAUGCUUCAAAAGAUAUAUCAAUAUUUUCUAAAAGGUAUUAUAAAAAGUUAAGCGAUUACUUGAUACAUUAAAGUAAUUUUAUAUCAGUUUUGAUGGAAAUUACAAUAAAUAAAAUAAUAGAUUCAAUUAAUAGUAACAAUGAUUUUAGAAAAUAGUAGAAAUCAGGAAAAAAUAUGAAAAGUUGCUCGGAAGACCAUUGCAGGUUUGCUCGUACCUACGUUUUUCGUGACAAAAAUUAAAGCUUGGAUACUGAUGGGAUUAAUAAUACUUCGGGCGCUUAGACAAGAUGCAAAUCGUUCACGCUCCGUAGCGUAGCGUAGUUAUCUCAAUCACUUUUUCAUAUUAGUGCGAUAGAGACAGUUGCGUUUCGUUCGCUACAGAUCUUGUCUACGCUGCCUGGAGUGAAUUGCGUUUCUAUAAGCAUGUCGCUAACGAUUCCAUGCCUUAAGCGCCGGAAACCGUGUACCAUCAAAACGAGGCUAAGAUUGCGAAUGAAACAAAUUCGCUGCCGUAAUAUUCAAAAAUGUUUACGCUUUUUGGAAGGUUUCAAUGUAGAUAUUUUAAAUGUGAUACUCAAAAAAUUUUUUUUUAUCAAAUUUAGAAAUCAAUUAUGUAUGAUUGCCUAUUUUAGGUAUAUGAAUCAAUUUCCAAUUACUGUUUUUUUCAGCCCGUUUGCGGUGCGGUAUACGACACAUCAACUGUAUAGGUUCUGUAUUAUUCGGACCCAUGAUUUGACCAUGCAAGUAAUAAAGCAAUAAAUAAGUUCGGCACCCCUAGGACACAUGCGCGGAGACAUGACGAACGUGAUUAAUAAUUAGAAAGAGACCAGAGGGCAUACCGCAAACACCGAAGUUCGCAAAUUGCGGGCAUCAUUCUCUUUUAUUCCAAUUAAGUCGUACCUAAUUAGAGCGACAGAGAAAGAUGCCCGCAAUUUGCGAACUACGGUGUUCGCGGUAGGCCCUCAAUAGUCUAUUUCUAGCGCGACAAGCUAUCGUGGCGCACAUGACUUAGGGGUGCGGGUGUAUUAAGGGCGACUGAAUUGAUAGUAGUACUUAGUCUCCAUUGCAACAUAAAUUCUAAAGAAGUUUACAAUAGCAAUAAUUACCAGUACAGUUCAACCUGUAGAUUUCGUGUCUUAUAAAAACAUUCAAAAUAGUAUGUAAUUUAAGUUUCGUAAGAACACAAGGACGACAUUUUCGUAUAGGUUAGAUACGUAAGUAUAAAUUUAGAAAUCGUCUUUUAAAUACGUUUGACGGAUCUCACAAACUAUGCCUAAUUUAAACCAAGUCACUAACAAUGCUUUCACUUUAAUCCUUAGAUAUAAUGCCCUCUGCACAAUUUUUAUAAUAAUAAAUUAUAAUUUGGUUGCAACUAAGAGCCACACGAUUUGUAGUUUAUUUAGAAAUUGUCACUAAAUAUCAGCGCUCACUUAAAAAGUAACCUAUUUCAUUCAAAUGCGUACAUAAUGUAAAAGUUGUAUUACAUAUUCGGUAUUUCGCACGAUUUUUUGAUAUGUGGCACGUUUCGGUAUGAGCUGCAUGCCACCGCAGCCGCUCUCCUGCAUUACAAACAGUGCAUAUAUUUGUGUAGCCUUAACAAAUUAAACCCAUUAAAACUCGUAUAUUAAAAAUAACAACGUCACCACAAAUUAAUAAUAACCUAGAAGUUCGUUAUAAGAAAAACAGCUCACAUUGAUACAUAAUAGCAAUAAUUAAUCAAAAAGGUAGCAGUGUCUCAUUGACUCAUUAACACCAAGCAACAUACAAAGUAGAUGUUAAAACGAAUAUAUAUACAUACGUAUAUAUACUAUAGCGAUAAACUAUGACUGUAGAUUGAAACGUAGUGUUUAAUUACAACGAUGCUGUAAUAAGGAUAUAAAUUCUAAAUCAAUAAAGAAACGAUAGAAUGAAAACAAUGUGCUUUCCGUAAAAAUAAGAAAUAAUGUUGAUAAUCAAUGGUGACGUGCAUACGUGAAUUCAAUCUAAGAUGCCGCCGGCUCAUAUCUCGGUCACCGGGGGUUUUAUACUCAGGCUCUACGGUGCUUCUGCGGUUGCAGUCAUUUUGCAGAAUCAUAUAUGGUAGACUUUGGGUACAGACUAUAGAUUAAAUGGACCAGUUGUGCCUACAGAUAUUACCUGGAUGAUUUUGUAUACCUAACCUAUGUGCUCCACUAUUAUUCUGCAAAAUUUACAGCUGUAUUGAUUGUUGUAGUAAAGUCCCUCGUUGAAGCAAUCUAUGCGCCCGCGCGCCCACCAAAGUCGCGUCGCAAUAGCCCGUGAAUGACUAAUCCAUGUGUACGCUUUAUAAACGUGUCGAGUAGGUCACUAAGUUGUUUUGUAAUCUACACCUCUCCCAGUAAACUGCAUUGUUUUCCAAUCGGAUAGAUGCUAACUACACGAAAUGGGAAUGUAAACUUAUCAAAAUAAAAUAAAAAGUCGUGAAAUCAGUUUUGUAUUUAAAAUAUUUAUUAUUACCGACACCAUAGUAUUUAUGUAUACUUAUGAACGAUAAAUAUUAUGUAAAAUAAUAAAGAAAAAUAAAUCAUUUUUCAAAAA